AUGAAGUCCAUCUACGCCAUCCUCGCCAUGUCCGCACUUGUCAGCGCCCAGACCCGCGAUGACAUCCCCUCGUGCGCGAUCCCUUGCAUUGACGAUGCCGUCAGCAGCCAGACCAGCUGCAAGAACACCGACUACGCUUGUAUCUGCAAGGACUUUGAUUCCAUCCAGGGCGCUGCUACUGGCUGUGUCCUGUCCAAGUGUGGAACUGAUGUUGCUCUGAACAAGGUCAUCCCCGCCGUUGAGGCUCUGUGCAAAGCCCAGGGCACCGGCGGCGGCUCCUCGUCAUCGACGUCGGCUACGUCUGAGGCUUCGUCGACCGAGGCUUCCUCCGCAGAGGCUACUUCAGCGGAUACUGCCACUAGCUCUUCAGGCGGCGGAGGUGCCGCCGCGACGACGACUACGACUGCUGGCUCUGCCACCGCUACGUCCGGUACUGCCGGAACUGUCUCGCCCUCGGCCACCGUCUCUCCAUCCUCUACUACUAGCGGUUCCGACGACGACGGCUCUAGCUCUACCGAAGGCUCUUCCACUGGUCAAGAGUCAUCCGUCCCCACGGGCGGCGCCGCUGUCAUUGGCUCUGUGGGUGGCCUGGCCAUGGCCGGUCUCGCUGUCCUCGCUCUGUGA